AUGAGUUUUGGCUCCGAGACCGGCGCGGCCAGUACUUUGUCAUCAAGGCAAGCGGCCGUUGGCUACAGGAACCACUCUUUGAUGAUUCAGGGCAGCGUUCGUGCCUUGACCGAGCAGCCCCGCUCGCUUCCUGCCGUGGUCCCUGAAGUUACUUUGCCGAGGGAGAUCGCUGAUAAAGCCAACAGCCCUGGCAUGCGUACCUUGGAGCUUGGGCCAGGCUGGAAGAUGUUCGUGGCGAAGGCGGCCACGACGCUCUUCGAUCCGAAGGAGUGGUUUGAUCCCCUGCUGUUCCCUUCCCGCAUGACGCUGGUGAGGAAGGAUUCUGGUGGCUGGCUUCAGGUUGAGAAUUCCGCUGCUUAUGUGCACGAGGCCGUCCCCUUCGCCGUUUUCUCUGUCGAGCCGAGGUGGACGAUCACCUUCUUUGCCCGCGAGCCUUUUCAGGAGAACUUCAUAUAUGGGUGCACCGGGCCCAAAGAAAGCGAGCUGGAAGCAGCCCGCCGAGAAGCUGAGGCUGAGCGUCUGAGGCGGCCCGCGCUCUUGGAUGCCGGCUCCGCGGGUGCCCGUGACCGUGUUCCAGCUCCACCUGGUGGCAGCCGUGACGAGGGGCCCGCGCAGCCCCCAGCAGGCCUCGAAGGAGAUGAGUUAGAAGCUUUUGUGGCGAAGCAGGCGGCCGAUGCUUUGGAGGGCGAUGGGCUGCGCUCACCGAUGGCGAGGGAAAUGCCGGAUGAGCCCACUCCACCGAUGAGGAGAGAGCUUUGCAUGCUCUCACGCAUAUUCCUUUUGCGAAGUGGUGUUCAGCUUGUGUGCGCACCCGCUCUCGCGCCGAUGCUCAUCGACCGCAACUUGUGGAGCAGCAGUGGUCUGUUCUACAGGAUGGUGCUUGCUGUGCCGUGUCCCGGCAAAGGGGCCACCGUGCUGGCGAGAUGCACUCAUGAGCUGGCCCGCUUUACGAUAGCCCUCCACGCCAGCGAGCCCGUGACCAUUCAGUCGGACGGGGAGCCAGCAAUAAAGAGUGUGGUCCGCGCUGUGGCGCAGGCGCGCCACGCGUUGGGCCACCGGACCUUGCAGCGUACGACUCCUGUUGGUGACCAUCAAGCGAACGGAGGAGUGGAGAGAGCCGUUCAAACUGUUCGGCGCCUGGCCAAUUGCUUGAUUUGUGACUUCGAGGACAGGCACGGGAAGCUGCCUGUGGACACCGAUCUCCGCGCAUGGUCCCACUCCCACGCGAGCUUCUUGUACAAUCGCUACAAUGUCGUGGCAGGCUUGCAGAAGACCCUCUACGAGAUGGCCCACGGAGGAAAGCCCGUCACAGCCAAGCUUUGCUGCUUCGGGGAAGUCGUGUUUGGGAAGGUUCCUCGUACAUACAAAGGGGAACCAGUGCUGGUGGACGGGAUGUGGGUUGGCAUCAGCGAGCACAACGGCACCGAUUGGAUGAUGACCGAGUUCGGGGAACUUUUGGCUAAGUACCACGGCCUGCCGUGGGAGAAGACCACUGUGGAGAAGAAGCGGCGCAAGCGAGCACCCGUUAUUCCGUUGGCCGCUCCUCUUGCUGAUCCCGGUGGUGCCCCUGACCUUGCCGCGCCGUUGGCCAAUGCACCAGCAGAUGCCGAGCAACGUGGAGAUUUGCAAGCAGCCGGUGGAGACGAAGCAGCCUCGGACCCUUCAUCUUCUUCGUCCGAGGAGCUUAUGGCGGAUGAUGGUGGCACUCCAGCCGCCAAGCGCAAAGCUGAGGAGGUUGGCCUUGACGACGCAGAGCGCGCCAAUGCAGCUGCCAGUUCCGAGCCCAUGGUGCGUGCGAUCGAGACCGUCGACGCGGAUUGGUUCGAAGCCGGCGCUGGGAUUAUCGAGCCCAGCGGCCCCAGCCCCGAUGAGGACGAGUGGGAGGUCGUUGGGCAGCCCACAGAUGAGCCGCCCGACCUGUCUGAGGCCGAGCUUGCGGUGCUGCCCACCCACGAGCUGAACUACUACGAGAAGCUCACCGUGACCUUUGUGCACAAGUGGAAGCACGGCGGUGAGAAGGAAGGCUGGUGGCGGCGAGCACGGCUGGUCGCCCGCCAAUACAAGUGGGCAAGCGAGAUGGGCGAUGAAGAGACGUUCUCUCCAGCUUCAAUCACCCCCCUUUCGCGUCACCUUCUCUUGCUGGCCCAGGAGUGGAACACGCCUAUAUGGAUAUGCGAUGUGAAAGACGCAUAUUUUAACGUGGAGCAACCCCACGACGAGCCGGUGGUGCUGAUUGGCUACCACUACUUCGAGCUUGGCCGCGUACUCCCCGGACAGCGUCGUGGUGCACAGGUGUGGUGGCGACAAUUGCAAGGAGACCUCAGCGAGUGCAACAUGGAGGGCCUCCCUGAGGUGCCCACUUUGCUUCGCAGCCUUGAAGGCCGGCAGGCCACUCAGGUGCACGUGGAUGAUAUGAUGAUGACGGGCGACGAGGAGCCCACCAACAAGGCUGCCUCCACCUUGAAGGACAAGUACGAGAUGAAGGUGCAAGGCCCCUUUGGCUCACCGGGCGACGAGUGGAACUUCUUGAACCGGCGGUACACCAUUGAGGAGGAUUUCUCGAUUACGGUGCGGCCCGAUGCAAAGUUCUACGUCGACAUCAAUGAGAUGCUCGGGCAGCCACGUGCCCGCUCCACUCCCGGACCGGGUGGAGGCGACAGCCUGUUCAACGUGGACACCACCAAGCCCUUGGACAGUGCAGACUCCCGGCUGUUCCGGACCAUGGUCGGAAAGCUCCUGUACUUGAGCAACGAGCGGCCCGAUGCCCAGGUGGUGAUACAGUACCUGGCCUCCAAAUCGAGCUGCCCCACGGAGCAGUCGAUGAAAAUCCUCAAGCACCUGGCUGGCUACUUGUAUGCCACCCGUGGCUAUGGCGUGAACCAAAGAACCGAGCUGGCCGUCAGCGACAGCAACUUUGCAAACGACCGCGAGACCCGCCGGAGCUUGUCCUCAGGGCAGGUCUACCUCAACAGCGCGUUGGUGUACAGUUUCGUGAGGAACCAGAAGGUCGUCACUCUGUCGAGUGGCGAAGCAGAGCUUGUGGCACUGACGCAGACGGUCUCCGAGGCAGUGCUCAUCAAGAAGGCUUGGGCUUUCAUCUUUGACGGCCCGGUGGACAUGAUCGCCCGCACUGACUCGAGUGUGGCACGGGCAAUCGCCCAAAGAGCAGGCGUCGGCAGAGUGCGUCACCUGCAGACUUCAUGUCUAUGGAUACAGAUGUGGACAGCCUCUAAAGAGCUCAAGGUCCUGGCCAUUCCCACCGAGACCAACCCAGCUGAUGCUGGAACUAAGGUGCUUACCGGAGCACGACUCAAGAAGCUAUGCGGCUUGAUGGGCAUGGUGGAUGGCAGCGGCAACUUGAUCAAGGACGACACUAACCACAAGGCCAAAGCUGGAAAUGCGAUCAAGGUGCUCAUGAUGGUGCAAGCGUUGUUGGACACCACUCAGCUUGAAGGAUGUGACAAUGGACGCCCCGAUGACCUGAACUACAUCCUGGACUACCUCCUCGAGAGCUUCUAUGUCAUCGGCUAUAUGCUUUCUAUGGUUGGUGGCGGCUACCUCUACUCUACGGCUUGGGUCGGGCUACGCAGAUGGUGGUUCAACUUCCGAGGGGGCGCCUUCCAGCGCUUCGAGAGGAGACGCCGAGAACGACAACACCAACGAGGACCAGAUCUUCGAGGACACCUCUGGCAACGCAACGAGUUCGAGCACACCUUUGGCGACAACGAGUUCGAGAACACCUUUGGCGACAACGAGUUCGAGAACACCUUCGGCGACAACGAGUUCGAGAACACCUUUGGACACAGCGAGUUCGAGAACACCUUUGGACACAGCGAGUUCGAGCACACCUUUGGACACAGC